CUACCAUAAUUAAAUCAACUAGGGUUUUGAAGUGGGCUAUCUACAAUUUAUACUUCUUCUAUUGCGUGGCUUGAAGUUUUGUCCCGCCGAUUCUUCCUCUGCAAUAAUUAGUGGACUCGCCGGAACCCUAGAAACCGCCACUUGCAACCAUGGGUAUUUCACGGGACUCGAUGCACAAGAGGAGAGCCACUGGAGACAAGAAGAAAGCUUGGAGAAAGAAGAGAAAGUAUGAGCUUGGAAGGCAACCUGCAAACACUAAGUUGUCAAGUAACAAAACAGUAAGAAGGGUGAGAGUUCGAGGAGGUAAUGUGAAGUGGCGUGCGUUGAGGCUGGAUACAGGAAACUAUUCUUGGGGGAGUGAAGCUGUGACCCGUAAGACCCGUAUACUUGAUGUGGUUUAUAAUGCAUCAAACAAUGAGUUGGUUAGGACCCAGACUUUGGUGAAGAGUGCCAUUGUUCAAGUGGAUGCUGCACCAUUCAAGCAGUGGUAUCUUCAGCACUAUGGAGUUGACAUUGGUCGCAAGAAGAAGACAGCUGCCAAGAAGGAAGGAGAAGAUGCUGAUGCCGCUGCUGCUAAAGAGACGAAGAAGAGCAACCAUGUCCUGAGAAAAAUUGAAAAGCGUCAACAGGAUCGCAAGCUUGAUCCCCUUGUUGAGGAGAAAUUUGGCAGUGGCAGUUUAUUAGCUUCAAUCUCUUCACGCCCUGGACAGUGUAGGCGUGCUGAUGGGUAUGUGUAGUCUUUUGUAUUCCUUUUUAUCUCAUGGCUACUGAAAUGUCAAAGGCCAAAUGUCCCUUUUUCAUUUUUAUGACGAACAUAUUAGAAAAAUGCUCAAAAUCUCGUGAUUAAUGAGAGGCAAAUUUUAA